GGCUGAUGAUGUGGAGGGGAAAUCGCACGAAUACAGUGUGCUGAAGUGAGCUACAUGUGCUUGGCCUCAAAUGAUCCGUUGAUUUCUACCCAUCCGUGUGCAUCGAGGACAUCACGCCCUCUCCAACAAACCGCAAAUAAGAUGGAGAAUGAGAUGAAGAGGAGGAAAUACUCCACCAGUAGCAAUGAUUCGGACACAACUGACAGUCAUGUGACCACCUGGUCGCGAUCUUCAAAGAACACGGGGACCAAUAGCACGUGGGUUCGCCAUGAGCCGAAGAAACCAUCUGAGGUUUUUCGGACCGAUUUUAUAACUGCCAUGAAGUUGCCUGAUUCAGCACAACUCGGCCUGGAAGAGUUUUAUUUUCUGUCCGAUCCCUGGAGACAGGAAUGGGAGAAGGGUGUUCAGGUGCCAGCAAAUGUAGAAGUUAUCCCUGAACCUGCGGUGAGGAUGCUUCCAGAGGUGAAUCGAAUCCCGUUCUUUUCACCUGUCCAGACACGGGGACAUUCAGAGUUCGGGUUCGGAGAAUCCCGGGGUCUCGCGAAGCCAUUGAGCCGCUACGAUCUGGAUGACCUAGAUGUGUCCUGGCUCGAGCUGGUUAAUGCUGAAUUCAGACAAUUAGCACUUCCAGAGCUGGAUGAGCUGAGCAUGGAGCAGGUUUUGGUGGAGUUGGAGAGCAGGUGUGAGGAGAACAUGCAACGGGCCAUCGAAACAGAAGAGGGCCUUGGCAUCGAGUACGAUGAGGACGUGGUCUGUGACGUGUGCCGCUCACCUGAGGGCGAGGACGGCAACGAGAUGGUGUUCUGCGAUAAAUGCAACGUUUGUGUGCACCAGGCGUGUUACGGGAUCUUAAAGGUGCCACAGGGUAACUGGAGGUGCCGGACGUGUGCUCUGGGAGUGCAGCCCAAAUGUUUGCUGUGUCCCAAAAGAAGAGGGGCCCUCAAACCCACCCGUAGUGGAACCAAAUGGGUCCACGUCAGCUGUGCCUUAUGGAUCCCAGAGGUGAGCAUUGGCUGCCCUGAGAAGAUGGAACCCAUCACUAAAGUGUCUCAUAUUCCAGCAAGUCGUUGGGCCUUGUUCUGUAGUCUGUGUCGUGAACACACAGGCACAUGUAUACAGUGCUCCAUGCCGUCUUGCAUCAUUGCCUUCCACGUGACCUGUGCGUUCGACCACGGGCUAGAGAUGCGUACCACUCUGGCAGAAAACGAUGAGGUGCGCUUCAAGUCCUUCUGCCUGGAGCACAGCAGCGGCCCACACUCGAGCAACAGCGCUGGGAAUUCCGAGAGAUCCGAAAUACUACAUGCAGGGGCCGAUGUGUCGGGAACGCAGUCCGAUCGUGUGAAGCAAGACCAGGCGGAACAAGAGAAAGCCAGUCAGCGGAAGCAGAAACUGCAGGAGCUACAGGAUGAGUUUUACAAAUUAGUGGACCCCAAGGAUGUCGCCGAGAGCCUCUGCCUGCCCGAUGCUCACGUGGAUUUCCUCUACCAAUACUGGAAACUCAGACGAAAGGCCAACUGUAACCAGCCGCUGGUGGAACUGAAGAGGGAUGAGGUGGACAAUCUGGCCCAGCAGGAGCAGGACGUUCUCUAUCGCCGCCUGAAGCUCUUCACUCAUUUACGGCAAGAUCUGGAGAGGGUCAGAAACUUGUGCUACAUGGUCACACGCCGAGAGAAGAUCAAACACUCUUUAUGUAACCUGCAGGAGAAGAUCUGUAACCUUCAGAUUGAGCUGUUAGAGCAGGAGCUGACCAGAGAAAGAACUGUGAGAGGUGAUGUUGUUCAUCGCAAUGGGGCCAGAGAACGAGUGAAAGAGAGGAGGAAGAGUAGCCCAGAGAAGAAAGAGAAAUGGAGAUCGGAGAACAACUCUCUGUUCAAAGAGUUGGGUUUGGCCGAAUCCUUCCCACUGAAAGGCUCACUGUUUGACAGCUGGCUGGCUCAGUCCGUUCACAUCACCACAGAUAACAUGCUGAGCCAGUGGUCUCUAUCCCAAGAGACCCACGACCCGUCAGCCAGCCUCCUGUCAGACCAGCUGCUGCAGGGCGAGGAGAGCUUGCUCAGUCUCAUGAUGGACCACUCCAUGAAAUCAACCUGGAAAACACCCCAACUGGGCCGCAAGACGAGAGGCGCGCCACGCAGCCGCAGUCACAGAAAGUCUGUCUCUCUUCCACGGACGGGAUCGAAUGUGGCGAAGGUUCCUAUGGAGGAGCGGCGCGCCGUUGGAGGCAAGCGAGGAGGGAGAGCGCGCCACUUCCGCCACCGUCACGCCCGCAGCUGCCCCACGGCCGGGCCGGACCCUCCACAGCCGCCCAUUUCCAAAAUGGACUCCUGCCACAUUUCCGAGGAGCGUGGCUCUCGGGGCAGCAGCGCGAACGCUGUGGUGAACGGCAGGUGCUUGCAGGCCCUGCGUCUGCGUCUUCCCAGACGGGGUAAGUCACGCUCUAAAAGCGACAUGACCAAGCUUGUUUCUGCCAACAACGUUUCUGCACUGGACCCGGAGACCGACGGCUACUUCUCAGACGCAGAACAGAGUGACUCUGAAAUGCGCUCCGCCAGCCGGAAGUUGCGCAUCGCCCAGCUGCAUGCUGGAAAUGAGGAGAAUCAUGUCUAUGACAGCGUGCCUUCUGUAGCUUCACACUCAAAGUAAGUCAUCAGCUCAUUUCAUCAAUUUAAUAGAACGACGGCAAUCAGAAAUGACAAAAGUCCAGUGCCUAGAAAAUCAUUCAAGAGCAGCAUUCAGCGUCAGAAAACACGGAAACCAGCCCAGGUUUCUAAAAGUGCUGCCCGUAAACCAAUGUCUGAUGGUCUGUUUAUUGUUUAUCGAUUGAAAUGAAAUUCACACAGAAUAUCCUCAGGCUUUGCUAGCGUUUCCCCCCUUCAUUUCUGGCUGAUGUUAUGCGCUCAAUCGGCCCGUGGUGUUUAUCUCAGGGUUCUAGAGAAGAAGUGAUUGCAAUCAUUGGAGAGAAAAACCAACAGACGUGAACAUUUGGUGUUGCUUUGGCAAAACGUCAUGUUUAUUGUAUCAAGAGGCUUUUUCAACGCGUAUUGAUGAAAUGUCUUUGUUAUUUGCGGUGAUGAUGAUGAUGCCAAAGACUAAUAAGUGGGCACAUGCUUAUGAAGUGGAUGUAAACACAGUAUGUGGAUCUUCUGAUGGUUUGCACUGAUCUGAUACACUCCUGGACUGCGUAGUCAACUCUUCACACACAAGAGAUCCACAGCAAGUCUUUUUUCAGAUGGACAGAUCAAGCACUCGAAAACGAUGUCGCUCGCGUAUGAUGCUCGUGUUGUCUCUGUAGACCUGAGGUUUGGUUGUGUUGUGCCAGCACUUUGUUUUUCCAAAUCUACAAACGUCUGCGUGUCUGUUUCUUCUGUGGAGCACAAAGAGAGAAAGUUACUAAAUGUUCACACUGCUCUUCACAUGGUUCGUACUAACCAUGUCACUUCCAUCAUACAGCCAAAUUUUAUUCUCACACCCUCAUAUGAGACGGCACCAGAUUUUUUGUGUGGUUCGUUUCUGAUUGGUCCAUGAGUUAUUUCAGGUGUACAUGAUAAUUUGCUACUUAAGUCCUGUAUGGUAAUAGCGGACAGUAAAGUGCUUUGAAUAGCAUCAAUUUCUGUGUUCCCCAAGACGACUGUAGCACUGAAGUAAUAAGAUGGACAUGUGUGGUCUCAAAGGAGCAGUAUGUGCAUUCACGAACAUUCUCCUUUUGUGUUUGACAGACGACAGUCAGACAGGCUUAAAACAACACGACAAAACAAUUUAUUCACCUGUACAGAUCUCAUCUAUCUUAAACGCUUCUGUAGAGACUCAUCAUAGCUGCUCUGGGUUCAGCAAACGCAGACAUGGAAAACUGUGCCUUUAGUGAUGUAGAUGAAAGCCUCCGCAGGGCUUCAAGCUUCUCUCUCAUGCUUAGUUUGUGUUCCACAACUGAUGAACGCUCUGUGUAUGUUCAGCUUCUGUGAAAUCAUUUACAGGAAGAGAAUAACAGGAAAAAGCAGAUCAUUACACUUGUAAACAAGCAAAAGAUAAAUCGCCUGUACUUGUCAGUCUUCUGUCUCCAUCACAGACUUUCCCCUGGGAGAGCAAAAUAACAGGAAUAGAUGGAAAGCAGCCUUUCUCUGGGUUGGAGUGGCCAAGCGUCAUCUGUUUUAUCUACAUCUCUAUCUUUGGACUGAAUGAGGUCAAUAAUGGACCGUUUAUUCCUCGAGGGAUAUUGAUUAUUCCUCAAUGUCAAUUGGUACCUUUCAUGAAGAAUAUCCAGGUCAUAUUUCACCCCAAAUGAAAGUGACAGUUCACCCAAAAAGUGAACAUUCUGUCAUCAUUUACUCAUCCUCAAGCCGUUCCAAACUUGUGUGACUUACUUUCUUCUGUGAAACACAAUCGAAGAGGAACGUUGAUAACAAAACAACAUUGAACCCCGUUGGCUUUGAUUAUAUGAGCACAAAACCAUUUCUCUAAAUAUCUUCUGGUGUGUUCCACCAAAGAAAAAGUCACACACAAGUCACUUCAGGGUGAGUGAAUCAUUUUAGGUGAACUGUCCCUUUAAAUUGAAAUCCGCGUAGAAUAUAAAAGCUUUUAGGACAGUUAUGACCGUUUUGCAUUGUGACAUUAUUUCAAUAAAGCCCUGAAUAUACUGAUGUUUUCUAAAGGUUUCCACAUCAUCCUACACAUUUUUCCGCGUUGAUGAUCUGCACUGGCACCUGACAUUGUUUGCACUAGGCAGUGGGUCCACAAGGUGGCAAUGCUGCUGUUAUUUCAGAGGUGAAAAAUAAUAAGUCGUCAUAAUGUAUACAGAAUCGAUCCUGAUAUUGGCUUCAUUUCCUUUAAGCAAUAAAACAGAAUUUAGCUUGUUUUAGGGGUGAAAUAUGACAGUUUUUUUCACUCACAGUAUUUUCAAGUAGCUCUCGUGCAACUUCUGCUCGUACGGACACUUCCCUGAACCGCAGAGAUCUUUUCUUUCUCCAACGUCAUAUCAAAGCAGGACCCAGUGUGGGUUCUAGAUCCACUCUCGUCUCCCGUCUGUUUACCAUUCAGCAAAACCCACCCACUAGAUUGUGUGGUGGAUCGUGUGUGUCCUGUAAAUCUGACAACAUCAUCUGAUUUCCACUGGUUAUGUAUGAUAAAAUGAAUGUUGCAGGAGUUUAUUCUUCUAUAUUCGUUGUUUCAAGGAAUGUUGUGCCAUUUGUUAAUAGCAGAGAGAACUAUUGAAUAUAGAAGAGCUAUUUUAAAUUAUUUUAGGCUUUUUUGCUCUAUUUAUUUUCUUGUAUUGGAAAUCUUUAUAGGAGGAAAAAACACAAGUAUUUUUCAUCAGUGCAGAAACCUAUUUUUCCUUUUUGUUUUUUACAUUUACCAUGUUAAGCAGUCGUUUAGAGCAGUAUAAUGUUCAUGUGACUGUAUGUGCAUGCUGUCUGUGAUGCCUUAAUAAGCGCUCCCGUCCCAUCAUCGCUAGCGCUCGGCUGUGGUCGACCAGUGCAGUCAAUAAAGCUGUGCUUUCCAUUUA